AUGUGGGAGAAGCUUUACCUUGGCCUAAGAAAGCAGCAGAACAUCAGCCGGCAAAUCGUCGCCGCUGACCGCGCGGCCUCGGUCGAUGUCACAGGCAGCACUGGAAAGGCGCCGGCUCCAAGCGACAGGAAAGUGGCCCCCGCUGGAACACAGCUGCAGAUGCUACGACGACAACGAAGGCUGAUGAAUCCCUUAGACGAGACGCUGCUGGACACCGCUGGGCUUCAACGACGAGUGGGGCAGCUGGUAGAUAUGGCUGCCUCAGUCAGUGCCCUUGAGAUCUUUGCAGAUCGCCAGCCAGUGGACUUCGGCUUGACGGCUGUGGUCGAACUUUGGCUCGGUCCAAACCAGACGUUGCCAGCCAAGAGUGGGGAUGACCUGACGCGCUAUGCUUGGACGAGUGACCCAUCCAGCCCGCAAUGGCUUUCCGCUGUGCAAGUUUCCGAGCAGGACCGGGCGGAGAAAGCCGUGUACGCUUGGCGACUCAAAGCCGGUGGACAGACCCUUGAUGUGCAAAUUCCUUCGGAUGCAUCCUUGAACCGCCUGAAGCGCUUGGUGCAGUCGAAGCUUCAGAAGCCCGUGGCCUCUCUCGCCCGACGCAGCGGACGGCCCUUGCCAGAGCUGGGCUCAGUGGCUGCAGAAGGUUUGGAGGACGGCGAGGAGCUUACGGUGGUAUUACAGCAGCAUGAUCGUUUGUGCUCCCAUCCAGACGGCCUUUGCUUUUCAGCCAUUCGAAGAAAUGGCACCGUGAAGUUCUGGGGCAACGCCCUAUGCGAAGUCUGCGGAGGGCCCCCAGACUUCCCCCCACGCACCGAGCUGUUUCACGUGCAAAAGAUCGUGGCAGCACAAAAUGCAUUUGCCGCCAUUCGGACAGAUGGCCGCGUGGUGACCUGGGGGGAAUGUUGCGCGGGUGGCGAGACCAGCCCGGCCGUGGCUGAACAGUUGGUGGAGGUGCAGGAGAUUUCUGCUACCUCCAAGGCCUUCGCAGCCAUCCGCUCAGAUGGUUCUGUUGUUACGUGGGGCUUCGCAUAUCUCGGAGGCAACAGCAGCGCAGUGCAGUUGGAACUGGUGGAUGUAAAGGAGAUUGUGGGCUCUCCUUUUGCCUUCGCAGCAAUCAGAGCUGAUGGAGCCGUAGUAACCUGGGGUACCCCCAACCGAGGGGGCGACAGCAGCGCUGUGGCUGACCAGCUGAGAAAAGAUGUGAUCUCCGUGGUCGCGAGCAAUUUGGCUUUCACUGCGCUGAAAGCCGACGGCACGGUGGUUUCUUGGGGCGACCCGCUGCGGGGCGGCAACAGCCAAGAUGUCCAGAAGGACUUGAAGGGUGUGAAGCUCAUCCGACCCUGCAACGCAGCAUUUGCAGCCCUGCGGCAUGACGGCCUCGUCGUUACGUGGGGAGAUCCGGAACGCGGUGGCAACAGCAGCCCAGUUCAAUGUCGGCUGCAUGAUGUAAUAGACAUUCAGGCAACAAAGGGUGCCUUCGCAGCCCUGCGGGCAGAUGGUCGGGUGAUUGCUUGGGGAGACAGCAGUUGUGGUGGCGACAGCUGCACGGUCAAUGAUGAACUAUGGGCUGUGAGCCAAAUCUGUUCCUCCAGCAAAGUCUUCUCUGCAAUUCGUGAGAACGGUGAUGUGAUCAUUUGGGGCGAUGGACCAGGGCCGAUGAUUAUGCCUGGUAGAUGCUUUCAGUUGGGUCUCAAAGAUGUUCGACAGGUGGUUUCCUGCUCUGAAGCCUUUGCGGCCCUGCACAGCCAUGGAAAGGUCACCACAUGGUCAAGGAUGGGCAAAUUCCAGCUAUCGGAACCUGAAGACAUUGAGGAGAUCAGAGCAUCCAGUGGAGCUUUCGCCGCCAUUUCCAGCGAUGGUUCCCUGCAUGCUUGGGGAGACCCUGCCGCAGGGGGCAGCCUGGAUGUGGCAUGGCUGAAGUAUGUCACAGCUGUAUGGUGCUGUAAGAUGGUAGGUGGUCACAAGUCUUGGACCCCGGACUUGGACGGCCCGUUUGAAGCGCCGGCGGGUGACGCGCGAAUGACUGGCGCAGCAAAUCCUGGACCGGAGGUUGAAGUGAAGUCUUCGGAUGCCUCUCCGGUGAAGACCGCGGAAGACAACGCUAAUGCUGACAUGGAGUUUUACAAAGAUGAGUGGAUUCCUGUCAUCCUCCCACAUGACCAGGAUGCGUCCACACCCUCACCGGUGGAGAUUGCCAGGCUCUUUCAGGAGGUGGACCACAUCAUUCGGGGCAAAAAGAUCGGCCGCGAUGUGGAUCUGGCAAAUCUGGAGAAGGCUGCGGCAUCGUUGGGCACAGCACUCUGUGCGGAUCUGGCUCGAGCAUUAGAGGCCGACACCUGCGAGGCGAUCCAGGGAGCGAUCAAGCGGGGUCGCGGGGCGGAUCUGCCCAAACGACUUGUGGCCAUGAAGCGGCUCUGCGAGUUGCAGCUGCACCGUGCUUUAGCCACAGGGGAUGAGGCGGAUCUCACCAUGGCCCUACGAGAGGCCUCCCGCCUGGGUGGGGACGAUGCGGCCAACUUCAAGAACUUCGCUGCAGUGAAGCAGAAACUCGCGCACCUGCGGAUGAAGCGACUUCAACAGCAGUCCUUGGACGUGAUCAAGGGCGAUGGGAAGGAUUUGGAUUCGGUGAUGGCCGUGAUCAACGUGGCCUUGCGUCGGAGUGAUUGGGAUCGCGACUGGGACCAGAUUUGGCUGGAAGUCCUGCAAGAAGGUCGUGCACAGGUGAAGAAAAUGAUCGACACUGCGAAAGCUUCAGGUCAGCAUGAAAAGGUGGCACAGAUUUUCCGCUUGGCAGACAAGUAUGGCCUUCGAGUGAUUGCUGCCCAUGCUGUGUCCGUUUGGGAGGACACCAUCCAAGCCCAUCGGCAAGACAUGAAGGUUUUGCUCCAAUUGUGCAGUGCUGCGAACAUGUGGGGCUGCAAGAGCUUCUUAUCCGAUGCACAAGAGCCUCUCCUGACACAGGUGGCCGAGUUGGAAAAGAAAUGGGACAAAGGAGGCGCCCCGUUGGCCAGACAGCAGUUCAAGACCUUGGACAAGGAGAUCAGCAAACUUUUUGAAAAGGUGCCAACUUCACUGAAGGACCAGAUACAGGAGCGCCACGACAACGCAGAGGCGCGCGAGAAACGACUCCUGGACGAAGCGGGGAAGGUGAUCCAGAGGGCCGAGUCGCUACAGGGCGCCAAGCCGUCAAGGACGCCGUUCAAAAAAGACAAAAAGGCGAGCGAACUGGAGAUGGAGGUCAUCCAAAAUGUGAUGGGAGCCAUGCACGAGGCCAAAGAGUGGGGAUGGAAGAAAGUCAUGCAGAAGGGAGAACGACUGCUUGUGAAGCAGGUACAGACCGUCCUGGAGGAGCACGAACUGAAGCAAGCCAGUCCAAAGCUAGAGGAGAUGCUGAAAGCUGCACAGCAGCAUCAGGUGAGGGAGUCAUUCACGCCCAUCUUGGACAACUGCCUGCAAGUCACCAAGGAGGACAAGAAAGGAGAUGAAUGCCUAGAAGCUAUCAAGUUGAUGCACCUCGCCAGCAUGGCCGAAAAGUUGAUGCUGUCCGACCUCAGAAUUAAGGCAGUGGAGGAGAUGAAGAUAGAGAUCGAGAAGAUGAAAAGCAAAGAGGGUGCCGAAGGUGAAACUCAACUGCUAGGCUUCCAGGACGAGGCUCAGGCUUUAGGUGAUUCACUGGCUGUGGAACUGGCUACUGCCAGCCUGGCGCACAUCGAAGAGCGUGAACGGAAGAAAAAGGAAGAGCUGCAGCAGAUGCUCCAAGCAGAAGAACGUCUUGAGUUAAUUGAUGCUGAUCCGGAGAAGACCGUGAAGUGCGUCAUGGUGGCCGAAGAGUCUGGUUGGAAGGAGUUGUCAAAGCAAGCUAUCGAGCUCUACAAGAGGAGGGUGAAGGAGGCGAAAGAGAUGUCAGUGGCAAAAAGCAACGAUGAGGCGAUUCACGGCUUCCGUUUCAUGGUUCGGGUGAUGCACUCUGCGCAGAGCAUGCGCGGAGCAGUGCACAGCCGAAUCGCUGUCAGUGCAAAAAAGCAGGUAGAAGAAAUGAUGGUGAAGGGAAGCGCACUUCAGAUGUUUCGAGCACUUGCAUGGUGUACUGAUGUGGAAGACGUCCACAAAAAGGUCCAGGACCUGUUAACAAAGAUCAUGAAAGAAUGGGAAGAAAAUUCGGAAGCCGCACCACAGGACGUCUCUAAUUUACACGCAUCAGUGGUGGAACUAUCGAAGAUGAGCAAAGACCUGAAGACCUACUCCCAGCAGAUGCAACGCCUGAUGACGGCGGACAAAGACAUGCUGGCAGCCAUCAAAGACUCCGAGGACCACCCCACGGACGUGGCCAAGGUAGCGCACCCACGGUGGGGAUGA